AUGCCACACGCUAUUGAACAAAAUUCGACCUCGACUUAUGCUCAUGAACACUUUUUGAGCGGUCAGCAACUGAACAACGCUGUCACUUCUGUUUCAGACGCUAGGAACAAUCAGCUGGCCUAUUACCUUUUCCGGCAACCAGGCUUAGAAUCCAGUCUGUCAGAAGUUGAUUUUGGAUUCUCCUCAGAGGAACAAAAUUACGAUCUGUAUGAUCAAAACUUCUCUGAAGGAAUAAAAACAUCAUCAUCAUCGUGUGAUGUUCGUAAAAUGGAAGAAGGGUUUCUUCAAGAUUUUCAAUGUUGCGGAAUUUUUUUUGGUGAUUUCCACUCCUUAAUCACUCAUAAGCAAGUAAUGCAUCUAGAAUUCAUGGGAGAGACGGGACCAAAUCUUGAAAAUACAUAUGGAUUAAUUGCCGAAGAAGGAUGGAGCUCAGCAUCUGUCAGCUCAGCUGGAUCAAUUCCGAAUUCAGUGCCACAUAGUCCUCAAGAAGACCCUUUACAAGCUCCCGCGCAUCUAAUAAACUAUAUCGAGCAACAACCUAUAACUGAUAAAUUUCCCGAAACUUCAAUUUCAGUAAAUUUGCAGGAUAUCCGAGUCUUUGGACAAUUGAAUAAUAAUCGGUCUCAUAACAAUAACAAUGGGGAUUCCGAACAACAAGGAUCACAUACUGGAAAUGUCAAUCAAGUGGCAAUGGCACGAUUGGGGCAGACCCGCAGAUCUGCUACAGACAAUGUGUCUACCAUCCCAUUCAAUCUCUUGUCAUUAUUUCAACCACAAGCAUUUUCAAACUCUAACCAUUUCAAUCAUUUUCCCGAUUUCCAAGCUGUCUCUACACGAACAAAACGCGCAGCUUCAUUUUCAUGUAUGCCGGCAGCAACUAUCCUUGAUAAUUCUGAAUAUAUCAAUAAUAAUGAUGCCAAUUAUGGUAGAUCAGGCGUGAUGACGUCAAAUACAGCAACUAGUAAUCGAGGCGCUGCACCAAAAUCACGACGCAAUACUAAUAAUGAAAGUCAGACAUUACAACAACGUCAUAAUCAACUUGACGCACGUCUUACCGCUUCAGCGCCUGCAACGCCAACAACAGCCAAUUGGCCUCAAGCCUCGUCUAAUGUUGAAAGGGAAAAUUUCAAUAUCGGUGGUCCAUCUUCAAUGGCAGCAAUGGUAUCUGGUCAAGUUUCAGGGGAACAACGUCGCUUAUCAGCCCCAUCUCUAUCAACUCCAUUGAGUAGUGAAUUGUCGUUGGCAUCAAAUAUGCCCAUGAGCGCUGCUACAUCAUUAAUGAAUGAUAAUUCCGCUUCUUCAGAUGUAUAUGGCUAUUCAGUCGGUAAUAUUUCUGCUGUCGCAUUGUCAUCGAUUUAUCCCAUGGACCAGCGAGGAAUGAAAAGGAAUCGAGAAGAUGGUACUGAAAUGGAUAUUAAUCAAAAAAGAAUGAGCACUGAGACAACUUUCUGGGACGUCAACGAGAAUCUCGGAAAUAAUACGUCAAUGAUGACACAAAAAUCAUCUAAAAAACGAGCUGUUACCGCCGAGUCAGCGAGACGAAAGGUUUCAAAGUCUCUUGGUGGACCAAUCGCAGUGGCCACAACUAACGUUCCUGUCGUCAUUGACUCAGAUGCUAUCUCAAUAUCUGCCAGUCUUACAAAUGCUAUUCCUGCUGGUGUCAUAGCACAACCAUUGCCACCACCACAAGUAGAAACUGAUAAACCAUACAGAUGCGCUGUUGAAGGAUGUCAGAAGACGUACAAAAAUGCUAAUGGACUCAAAUAUCACCGAACUCAUGGGCACAAUACAGAACAGUCCGGAAAUGGUGACAAGUCAGCGGAGAAGCCCUACAAGUGCCAACACGUGGGUUGCCCAAAGUCGUACAAAAAUCUUAAUGGCCUUAAGUACCACUUGGAACAUAACCACAAUGGGGUUACAUCUCCUUCCCUAGGAGGUGGUUCUUCAUCUGGGGUGACUGGGGUCUAA